AUGUCAGAUGAUGCCAAGGAGUACAUCAACGGCUGGUUGAGUGCAAUGAGUGAGCCAAAAAGGAAGCUUCUAUGUUCCUGGCACGUGGACAAAAACUGGCGCAAACAAAUAAAUGAAAUGGUGACUGCUGGUGUCCUGCGUGCAACUUUGUACAAGACUUGCAGAGUUCUCCUGCAUUGUGAUGACGAGCAAGAAUUCACUCAUCUCCUCAGUGCCUUCUUAGAAAAGCUACAAGAAAAUAGUGACACCCAACGUUUCGGUCACUACUUUUCAAGGACAUACGCUUGUCGUCCAUCAGAGUGGGCUCUGUGUUUCCGCAAGGGUGCAGGUCUGAACACUAAUAUGUACCUGGAGGCCUUCCACAAAACCCUCAAGCAUGUGUAUCUUGAAGGUAAAUCCAACCGAAGGGUUGACAGAUUGCUUGCAUGCCUUGAAAGCUUCACUGAGGACAGGUUGUACGACAGGCUCAUUAAGAUUUGCAAAGGAAAAAAGACAUAUCGAGUGCAAGCCAUCGAGUCCAAACACAGAGCAUCUGCAAGCAUUCCGAAGACAAACAUUACUGCUUGUGAUGAUAACAACUUCAUCGUCAAGUCACAGACAAACCCAGGACUGGAAUAUACAGUUUCAAGGCUUGAUGCAUCCUGCAAGGACUGCAAGCUCUUCUGUUCAGUAUGCCACGCUUGUGUUCACUCCUUUACCUGUACUUGCUAUGAUCACAUGGUAAAGUUCAACAUGUGCAAGCACAUACAUGCUGUAGCAAGCACUCAUCUGAAGCAAGAUCUCCAUGAUGUCCGAACUGGAGAGUUCUCUGAAGAAAAUGCCAAAAGACUGGUGUCUCAAAUUGAACAUUUUGAGGAAACACAAGCAGCAGCACAGGACACACCAUACACGCUGAAGUCGAUUACUGUGGCCGAGGCUAUCAUAGGCAAUCUAAAAACUGGUGCUGUCUCCGAGGAUGUUGCCCAGGCUGUAUUUAAAAAGCUCACCAUGAUAUUGAAGGACAUCGCACAAAACGAGGAUGCGGCAAAAUCCACACCGUCUACUGCACACAACAGAAAAGCAGAAAAACAGCUGCGGUUCUUUUCUACCAAGAAGAAGCGAACACAGAAGCAUGACAGUGCAAUAAUGAAAAUACCAACACAUGCUGAGAAGGAACAUUUAAUCUGCUCCUUGAAGGGUGACGACGACAGUGCAUUGGAUAUUCAUACUGGCCCAGACCACUGUUACUAG